AAAUAAUUGGGUUUUUUUGCACCAACCAAUGAGAAUUUUAUUAUUAUUAUUAUUAUUACGGUUUAUUUGUUUACGUGUUCGGGUACUGGCCUGUCUCUUACAGCCAACUAGUCUAUCGUCACAGUUUGUGCGCUAAAUAAGUGUGAAAUAAUUUAUAGUUACAAUAUGUUUGACGAGGUUCUGUUUGAGCAACGCCUCAAAAAUUUUAACCCUGAGCCUCUUAUUACCCCAAUUGAGCGUCAAAACGAGCCUUUGGAAAUUGCAAUGGUCACAGAAGAUGAAAAAAAUAUUGAUUUAGCUAAAGCUAAUUACUUGAAUCUUUUAAAUAAUGAAGAAAUUAAACAAAUUUCCGAACAAAUUAUUAAAAAAUUCGGUGUUGGGACGUGUGGACCUAGGGCUUUUUAUGGAACGACUGAAAUCCACCUCGAACUGGAAGAACGUCUCGCCCGUUUUUUGCACAUGGAAGAAUCAAUAAUUUAUUCGUACGGUUUCGUAACAAUUUCAAGCGCCGUUGCCGCUUGUUGCAAAGAAACCGACGUUGUUUUCAUCGAUGAAUUCACAAGUGUCCCCAUAUGGCAAGGCCUUAAAGCGGCCCGAAGCCGCAUUAUUAAAUUUUCGCACAACAAUCCCUGGGAUUUCCACCAGAAAGCACUCACUGUUACCAACUGUCGCAAAUUCCUCAUCCUUGAGGGCAUUUCAUGGACCACUGGUCAACUGUGCCCUCUCCCAGCGUUCCUUGAAAUCGCCGAACGAUUCAAAAUUCGUGUUUUUCUCGAAGAAAGCUACACUUUGGGGGUUUUCGGGGAGAGUGGGCGUGGCUUGACCGAGUAUUACCGAAUCGAGCCGAGUCGCAUCGACAUGAUUAUGGGGACUUUUGAGAGGGCGAUGGGUUCAAUUGGGGGGUUUUGUGCCGGAUCGUUUACUAUAAUCAGUCAGCAGCAAGUGGCUGGUUCUGGGUAUAUUUUUUCAGCAUCGCUUCCGACUUAUUUGGUAGGGGUUGUGUUGAAAGGGUUGGAGGUAAUGGGGGAAAAACCGGUCAAAUUUGCACGAUUGGCUGUCAUGUUUCAUCGGUUUUUGGAGGAGUGCGGGUUUAAUGUAACAAGUCAUCCGGAAGCCCCCUUUAAGCUGGUCAAAUUGGGGACGCUGUCAAAGGCAAUGACAGUGCAUGAUUUUUGUCGAAAAAAAGGGGUUCAUUUUAUAAGAAAUCACAACGAAUUGGUGAUUAAUCUGAAUGUGGCUUUAAUGGACCAGGGGGAGAAGUUGAAGAGGGUUUUUGGGGCCAUGAAGGGGGCAGCCGAUUUAGUGAACUAAA